AAGUGCGCAAGGAAUGCAGGAUCCGGUGGGAGGAAAGUAAGGGUACUUUUAUGGAAAGUCGUCCACCAGAAGUGACUGUGCCACGAGUGGUCGCAUUUUGGUGAGCUUUUGCCUUUGUAUUUAAAAAAAAUCGAAGGGAUAUAUCCUAUUUGGACUACAGGACAACAACCAGGAAUAACCAGCCUGCUGUCAACGUGUCACUGUGGUACAAAUAUGACUGAAGUGGCACAGGUUGCAGCAGUGGAUGUCCACGACAUGGAGGAUGUUUUCAAUGAAAACGAUGUGAGUGAGCCUGAAGACCAAGAAGAGAAACUAGCAAACGAAGAAAAUGAGGAUAAAGACCACAGUAAAGAUGAUACAGCAUCUCAACAAACUAAGGAGGAAACAAGCCGUAGUGAGCCUGCAGAACCACAAGUGAACGGAGUGGAACGUAAAGACAGCCAAACACCCAUCAGGAAACGAGAGCGCUCCAGAGCUACGAACUCUAAAAGUACGGAAAAAGAAAAUAAGGACCCCGACACACUUGCAAAUGAGGACGUAUCAGAUGUAGCCAUGAAGAAAGAGAAAUUACUGAAAUCCAACAAACCAGUGGCUAGAAGCUAUGUUCCAAAGGCAAGCCAAGACAAAGGUUCUGUGACAAACAAGUUUGAGGCCAUGCAGAAGGCCCGUGAGGAGAGGAGCAGGAAGCGCAACCAGGAUGAGCAGCAGAAGAGAAAAGAGCAAUACAUUAAAGAGAGAGAGUGGAACCGGCGCAAGCAGCAGAUAAAAGAACUGCUUGCUUCCAGUGAUGAGGAGGAGGAGGAGGUAAAGCCUGCAAAGGUGGAAAAGUCAUAUGUCCCCAAAAUUACCGGUAGCGUGAAGGGAAAGUUUGCAGAAAUGGAGAAACAACGACAAGAGGAGGAAAGGAAAAGAAUGGAAGAGGAAAGGAAAAAACGGGAAGCCCAAGACAAAAUGGAAAAAGCCAAAAUAAAGAAGGAACUGGCACAGAAAGCAGCUGAGGAAGGAGAUGACACAAUAUUAGUUCGUGUGGUUCCAGCGAAGCCUUCUCGACCUCCAGGUAAAAUCAAAAUGAACUUUGAGGACAUGGAGAAGAAUCGAGAAGAGGAGUUAAAGAAGAAAGCAGAAGAGGAGAAGAAAAGACGAUAUGAUGAAAACAAACGCUCGUUCAGAGAGUCAAAGAGGCACUCUCUGGCACAACAGGAUGAGGAGGAGAAGUCUACAGAGAAGCAACCAGUAUCUCCUGGUAAACUGAAGUUGACAUUUGAAGAACUAGAAAAAGAAAGACAAGAACAAAGGAAGAAGCAAGCUGAGGAGGAAGCCAAACGGCGUCUACUAGAGGAAAAGAAAGCCUUUGAGGAAGCCAGACUGGAAAUGGAAGAAGAAGAGGAGGACUUGCUGUCUACUCAGGAGGGUAAGGAAGAGAUGCGACCUGGAAAACUGCGAUUAAGUUUUGAGGAGCUAGAGAGACAAAGAGUUGAAGGUCUGCGUAAGAAAGCAGAGGAGGAGGCUAAGAAACGAAUGGAAGAAGAGCGAAGAGCUUUUGCUGAAGCCAGAAAGAGCAUGCUGGUGGAUGAAGAUGAUGAGGUCCUCAUGGCAUUGCUAAACCUGGAGGGCAGUAAACCUGGGAAAAUCUGUGCAAGCUUUGAGGAGCUUGAGCGUCAGAGGAGAGAGGAGGAGCAAAAGAGGUCAGAGGAGGAGGCCAAGAGAAGACUGCAGGAGGAGAAGAGGCAAUUUGCAGAAGCCCGCAAAAGCAUGAGCUCAGGUCUGGAUCAGGAUAGUUCUACAUAUGGAGCUAAUACAAUUCUAGAGGACGAUGAGGAGAUGGUUAAGUCUGAGUCUCAGGAGGCACUGCACCCUAGAAAACUGGAACUGAACUUUGAAGAGAUGCUUAAGGAAAAGCAGGAAGCUGAAAGAAAACGCAAAGAAGAAGAGCGCAGGAAGAAACUGGAACAGGAGAAGCAGCAAUUUGAACAGCUUCGACAAGAAAUGGGCGAGGAAGAAAUCAAUGAAAGCUCAGACAUGGUGAGCAAAGAAUAUGAGGAACUGACCAAGCUGAAAAGGACUGGUUCUAUACAAGCUAAGAGCCUUAAAUCUAAGUUUGAAAAGAUCAAGCAGCUGACUGAAGAGGAAAUUCAGAAAAAGAUAGAGGAAGAGCGUGCCCGAAGGAAGGCCAUAGAUGAUGAAAUUAAAGAGAGAGAGUCUGAGAGAUUCCAUGAGGAUGAGGAACAGGAAGAAACCGCAGCUAUGAGGGCUGAGGAGUCCCCAUUCAAACAGAAAGUGGACAUGCGUGCGCGUUUUGAACAAAUGGCGAAAGCCCGAGAGGAGCUGGAGCGAAAGAGGAUAGAGGAGCAGAAGCUACAGAGAAUGCAGUUUGAGCAGCAAGAGAUUGAUGCUGCUCUCCAAAAGAAAAAAGAAGAUGAGGGUGAUGAAGAGGGGAGCAUUAUCAAUGGCUCUGCAGCUUAUGAAGAUGAGGACGACCAUGCACGGUCAGGGGCUCCGUGGUUCAAAAAGCCCCUCAAGAAUCAGUCAGUUGUGGACUCUGAGCCAGUUCGGUUCACUGUUAAGAUCACAGGAGAGCCUAAGCCUGAGGUGACCUGGUGGUUUGAGGGUGAGAUGCUCCAGGAUUGUGAGGAUUAUCAGUAUAUCGAGAGAGGAGAGACCUACUGCCUCUACCUGCCUGAGACUUUCCCUGAAGACGAAGGAGAGUACAUGUGUAAGGCAGUGAAUAGCCGAGGCACAGCCGCCAGCACAUGCAUCCUAACAGUGGAAACAUAUGACUACUGAUGACCUACCAAGUACUGGAAGAUUUCUUGUUGUUUUUGAACCCUUUUGUAAAAAUUAAACCCUAUAUAAGGGUUGAACAGCAGAGGGAGCAAAGCUUGGCAUUCCUAAGGCAACACAACAUACAGAGAGAGAAAUGUCAAAUGUGUUUACUUACUGCCAACUCUGCACUAGAGUAGGAAUUUUCAAGUGCCAAUUUUUGUUUUAAUUCUUCUCCCCAUCAAGUAAUUGCUAACUUGAAUGAAUGACAAAUGUAUGAAUGAAAAGUGCAAAAUUUUACUACUACUGUUUUGUAAAUACAAUUCUGGGAAAUGUCAUAAUAUAACAAUGAUUUUUAAAAAUGCCGCUCUCAGUUGGCUAUUCUGUCAUUGUUUUUGGUAAAAUUGAUUCUUAUAAGUCUAAUUUGCUUACACAUAUUCUAUUUAUCUGGCAUCUUUUAUGUACGUUCUAAGCCAGGUAAAAAAAAAACGGAAAAAUAACUGCUUGUCAUAGAAGAACCAAAGAUUAUAAAAUUUUCUGGGGUUGAGUUGAUUUAUCAAAUAUCUAACUUCCCUGCUCCAGUGUGAUUUUUAUUAAUAGCCUACUUAUGCAGUUUUCAUUAAUGUAUGCUGGACUCUUCAUCUGUUUGAUAAAUUGUGUGCACACGCUGACUACUUCAUGUUGUCAUGUUAAUACAAUGUUUUAAUAAAAUUAUAAAAAUGUG